AUGGACGCCAAGCAUCAGGCAACAAGGGACGCCAAGCAUCAGGCAACAAGGGACGCCAAGCAUCAGGCGGCAAGGGACGCCAAGCAUCAGGCGGCAAGGGACGCCAAGCAUCAGGCGGCAAGGGACGCCAAGCAUCAGGCAACAAGGGACGCCAAGCAUCAGGCGGCAAGGGACGCCAAGCAUCAGGCGGCAAGGGACGCCAAGCAUCAGGCAACAAGGGACGCCAAGCAUCAGGCGGCAAGGGACGCCAAGCAUCAGGCGGCAAGGGACGCCAAGCAUCAGGCGGCAAGGGACGCCAAGCAUCAGGCGGCAAGGGACGCCAAGCAUCAGGCAACAAGGGACGCCAAGCAUCAGGCGGCAAGGGACGCCAAGCAUCAGGCGGCAAGGGACGCCAAGCAUCAGGCAACAAGGGACGCCAAGCAUCAGGCGGCAAGGGACGCCAAGCAUCAGGCGGCAAGGGACGCCAAGCAUCAGGCAACAAGGGACGCCAAGCAUCAGGCGGCAAGGGACGCCAAGCAUCAGGCGGCAAGGGACGCCAAGCAUCAGGCAACAAGGGACGCCAAGCAUCAGGCAACAAGGGACGCCAAGCAUCAGGCGGCAAGGGACGCCAAGCAUCAGGCGGCAAGGGACGCCAAGCAUCAGGCAACAAGGGACGCCAAGCAUCAGGCGGCAAGGGACGCCAAGCAUCAGGCAACAAGGGACGCCAAGCAUCAGGCGGCAAUGGACGCCAAGCAUCAGGCAACAAGGGACGCCAAGCAUCAGGCGGCAAGGGACGCCAAGCAUCAGGCAACAAGGGACGCCAAGCAUCAGGCAACAAGGGACGCCAAGCAUCAGGCGGCAAUGGACGCCAAGCAUCAGGCGGCAAGGGACGCCAAGCAUCAGGCGGCAAGGGACGCCAAGCAUCAGGCGGCAAGGGACGCCAAGCAUCAGGCAACAAGGGACGCCAAGCAUCAGGCGGCAAUGGACGCCAAGCAUCAGGCGGCAAGGGACGCCAAGCAUCAGGCGGCAAGGGACGCCAAGCAUCAGGCGGCAAGGGACGCCAAGCAUCAGGCGGCAAGGGACGCCAAGCAUCAGGCAACAAGGGACGCCAAGCAUCAGGCAACAAGGGACGCCAAGCAUCAGGCGGCAAGGGACGCCAAGCAUCAGGCGGCAAGGGACGCCAAGCAUCAGGCAACAAGGGACGCCAAGCAUCAGGCGGCAAGGGACGCCAAGCAUCAGGCGGCAAGGGACGCCAAGCAUCAGGCGGCAAGGGACGCCAAGCAUCAGGCAACAAGGGACGCCAAGCAUCAGGCGGCAAGGGACGCCAAGCAUCAGGCGGCAAGGGACGCCAAGCAUCAGGCAACAAGGGACGCCAAGCAUCAGGCAACAAGGGACGCCAAGCAUCAGGCAACAAGGGACGCCAAGCAUCAGGCAACAAGGGUCGCCAAGCAUCAGGCGGCAAGGGACGCCAAGCAUCAGGCAACAAGGGACGCCAACCAUCAGGCGGCAAGAGACGCCAAGCAUCAGGCAACAAGGGACGCCAAGCAUCAGGCGGCAAGGGACGCCAAGCAUCAGGCGGCAAGGGACGCCAAGCAUCAGGCAACAAGGGACGCCAAGCAUCAGGCAACAAGGGACGCCAAGCAUCAGGCAACAAGGGACGCCAAGCAUCAGGCCGCAAGGGACGCCAAGCAUCAGGCGGCAAGGGACGCCAAGCAUCAGGCCGCAAGGGACGCCAACCAUCCAGCGGCAAGGGACGACAACCAUCAGGCAACAAGGGACGCCAAGCAUCAGGCAGCAAGGGUCGCCAAGCAUCAGGCAACAAGGGACGCCAACCAUCCAGCGGCAAGGGACGACAACCAUCAGGCGGCAAGGGUCGCCAACCAUCAGGCGGCAAGGGUCGCCAACCAUCAGGCGGCAAGGGACGCCAACCAUCAGGCGGCAAGGGACGCCAACCAUCAGGCGGCAAGGGACGCCAACCAUCAGGCGGCAAGGGACGCCAAAACUAUCUGUCGACAAAAAUCGCAAAAAUCUAAUGAUAAAUAUCACAAGUCACCGACGGAAAGUAUCUUGAUAGGAAAUGGUAAUAGCGGCCGAGGAAGUUCUAUCACCGGCGUUCAUAUCUGGCGAGAAAAAUAA